CAGCUCGCGUGUGUAUAUGUCGUGUCGUGCGUAGUGUUUAUAUCGUGCUGUGACGGUAGUGAUAUCUACGUCAAAUUGCUUGGCUUGUUCGUCCCCCACAGAUUCAGAGAUGGGCGUAAUUUUUUUGGAACACAUCGGAGGUACUCGUCUGUUUUCUUGCGCUUCCUGUGACACCAAUCUUACAAAUAGAGCUCAGCUGAUAAGCACGCGUUUCACGGGAGCUACAGGCCGUGCUUUUCUCUUUAACAAAGUUGUCAACUUAAAUUACAGCGACGUACAGGAUAGAGUGAUGCUGACGGGUCGUCACAUGGUCAGAGAUGUCAGCUGCAAAAACUGUGAUGCUAAGCUUGGGUGGUCAUAUGAAUUUGCAACAGACGAUAAUCAACGUUACAAAGAGGGCCGUGUCAUCCUGGAACGUGCUUUAGUCACUGAAACCGACGGAAUGAGUGACAAUAUUUACUACCCUACAAAUAACAGGUCUUAGGAUAAAAAUAUAUAAUAUCAUAGUCAACGUAUAAGCAGUUGUUAUCUUCUUUGUGUUCCUUCAUUAUUUUGAAGUAAUUUUAAAAUUGUUCUUCAAAUGUACAAGAAUUUAUACUCGCAUUCAACAUUUUUGUAACUAUAGAAAAUACCAUUUCUUAUAAUAUAGCAUAUUACUGAUGAUUUUUUGAAAUUUAUUUUUCAUUAUAUACGUGUAUCAUGAUGAAUCUGAUUGAAAAUAAAGAUUGUGUGUACUUUA